CAUCCCUUCCCCAGCCGCACGCUUCUUGUUGCCAAAGAAUUUCCUCCCUCGCCGCCGCCGCCGCAGCUCGUCUCGUUGAGAGAAGCUAACGGAGCCGAGGAACUCGCUGAGUUCUAGGAGAGAAUCCUUUUCGCUGGUCUCUGCCAGGUUCUGCUGCGUCGGGAGGCGGUGAAGGGGGGAAAUUCGUGAGAUCUGUUCCGGAUCACGCGUGCGCGCUCGGGAAUCGGGGGGUUCCACACAUAGCUUCGUUGAAUUGAAUUUGAUGUACUAAUGGAGUCUAAGGGUGGCAAGAAGUCUAGCAGUAGUCGUUCCAUGAUGUAUGAAGCUCCCCUUGGCUACAGCAUUGAGGACGUUCGACCUGCCGGAGGCGAGAAGAAGUUCCAGUCUGCUGCUUACUCCAACUGCGCGAAGAAGCCAUCCUACGCUCACCCGGUCUCAGCGAUCGGGUUUGAGGGCUAUGAGAAGCGCCUUGAGAUCACCUUCUCUGAGGCGCCUGUCUUUGUCGACCCUCAUGGGCGUGGUUUGCGUGCCCUUUCCAGGGCCCAGAUUGAUUCUGUUUUGGAUCUUGCACGGUGCACCAUCGUGUCCGAGCUCUCCAACAAGGAUUUUGACUCCUAUGUCCUCUCUGAGUCGAGCCUGUUUAUCUAUCCUCUGAAGAUUGUCAUCAAAACAUGUGGGACUACCAAGCUCCUGCUCACCAUUCCAAGGAUUAUUGAGCUUGCUGAAGAGCUGUCUAUGCCGCUUGCUGCUGUGAAGUACUCCCGUGGGAUGUUCAUCUUCCCCGGUGCACAGCCAGCCCCCCACAGGAGCUUCUCUGAGGAGGUUGCUGCCCUUAACCGCUACUUUGGUGGCCUGAAGUCUGGUGGUAAUGCUUAUGUGAUUGGAGAUCCUGCAAGACCUGGACAGAAGUGGCACAUCUACUAUGCCACCGAGUACCCAGAGCAACCCAUGGUUAACCUUGAGAUGUGCAUGACUGGUCUGGACAAGAAGAAAGCUUCAGUCUUUUUCAAGACUUCUGCUGAUGGCCACACAACGUGUGCCAAAGAAAUGACCAAGCUCUCUGGUAUCUCUGAAAUUAUUCCUGAGAUGGAGAUCUGUGAUUUUGACUUUGAACCCUGCGGCUACUCCAUGAACGCUAUCCAUGGCUCUGCUUUCUCCACCAUUCAUGUGACGCCUGAGGAUGGUUUCAGCUAUGCCAGCUAUGAAGUUAUGGGCUUCGACGCCACUGCACUUGCCUACGGCGACCUCGUGAAGAGGGUCCUCAGGUGCUUUGGCCCUUCGGAGUUCUCUGUUGCUGUGACUAUCUUUGGUGGGCGUGGCCAAGCCGCGACAUGGGGCAUGAAGCUUGAUGCUGAGGUUUACGACUGCAACAACAUGGUAGAGCAGGAGCUGCCCGGUGGUGUGCUUAUCUACCAGAGCUUUUCUGUUACUGAAGAUGCUAUUGUUGGCUCGCCCAAAUCUGUUCUUCAUUGCUUCGAGGGUGAGAACCUGGAGAAUGCUGCUCCUGUGAAGGACGGCAAACUGGCUAAUCUUCUCUGCUGGGAGGAAGAGGAUGCCAUGGAGGAGAAGGACGGCGUGCUUGCUGAGUAAGACUGGGGAAGGUGUCGAUUUGCUGCUGAGUUAUUUUUUUUUUCUAAAUGUUGCGAUUGUCGUUUGGUUAUUGUGUGAAGCAGCCAAGCCAGGCUAUUUAUUAUGAAAAUGAUCGAUUGUAAGCAUGGGUUCUGAUGUGCCACAUGCUAAUGAUCAAUCUGAAUAAGUAUACCGCUCUAGGUGGUCAGCUGCGUCUACCACAAUGAGCAUACGUAUGGAGAAAUGUCUGUCAAAGCAAUUUAUGAAUAAGAUUUAUUUGAGUUGAAUGAUC